AGGUCCGCUCUGGGGCCAUGCUCGCUGUGUGCGGUAGUCAGUGUGUGUUGUGCCAUUGACGGGAAGCCAUGUCGGUGCCGGGAUGGCUGGAGGAUGAGCGCAGCCGGCUCGACAUGUUGGCCGUGCUGAUGGUCCUGAUGGGGCUGCUCUCGUUCUGUUUCCUGCGCUUUAUCAACAUGCCCUACGGCCGGUACUCCAGCUCCUCCUUCGGCCCCCCGGUCCCUGCUCGCUGGGCAUGGUUCCUCCAGGAGCUCCCUUCCUUCGCUCUCCCAGUUUACUUCAUAGUGCAGCACCCGGAGCUCGGGGCCGGCAACCUGCUCCUCCUGGGGGCAUUCACCCUACACUACCUGCAACGCACCCUUAUUUUCCCAUUUCUGAUCCGUGGAGGAAAGCCUACCCCAGUUGUAUCUUUUAUUCUUGCCUUUAUCUUCUGCUGCUACAAUGGGUACAUGCAAAGCAGCUACAUAUGCAGACAUUCUCUUUUGAAAGGAGAAUGGUUUAGAGAACCCCACUUCAUAGCAGGUAUUUUAAUAUUUUUUUGUGGAAUGUUUAUCAACAUUUAUUCUGACCAUAUACUAAGAAACCUCAGGAAGCCAGGGGAGACCGGCUACAAAAUACCUCGGGGAGGAAUGUUUGAAUAUGUGUCAGGAGCAAAUUUUUUUGGAGAAAUAGUUGAAUGGUCUGGAUUUGCAGUUGCUGGAUGGUCUCUACCAGCUGCAGCAUUUGCCAUCUUUACAGCUUUGGUUCUUUCAUCUAGAGCAAAGCAGCACCAUCAAUGGUACAUUGAGAAAUUUGAAGACUAUCCCAAGUACAGAAAAAUUCUUGUUCCAUUUCUAUAUUAACUUGGAAAUGUUUAAGUGGAGUAUCUCAAGAACUAGCUGACUUCAAUUUCUUUUAAUUAUCAGGGAUGUUUGUUAUUUUAACUCUCUUCCAAUAUUCCUUUUAAUGGUGCGGUUUCUAUGGAUCUUGGAAUUUCUAUUUAACUUUCAGAACUAUGCAACAUUUUCUUUUAGUUCUGUCAGUUGUACACAACGCAAACUUACCUUUGUUUUAAUGUACUGUGAGUUUUACAGAAUUGUUAACGUCUGUUUGGAAAAUAUCUGCUACCUUGGUGCUCUAUUUAAAAUGAAUUGUAACUACAAUUUAAUAGACUUUUUUUUUUUAAUUUUUUUGUUGUUGAAUGUUUAAGUCAUUAAAGAGUGGUUUAUUUCAUAUUAAA